AUGCCUCAGCCCUUCCAGCAAUUCCAGCAACCACUCGACCCGGUGCUUACCCCAAGCGGUAGCAGCGGGAGCCUCUCCAGCCUGAGUUCGAUAGCCAUGACGCCUCGCAUGGGAGAUAACAGCAAUCAUGGUCUAAAUCCAGCAGCAACUCCUCCUAUUCGACCUGAUCGUCCCUGCGACGCCUGUCGCCGUCGCCAGGGUCACUGCGUCAUCAAUCCUGACUCGGCUUCCUGUGUGAUGUGCCAGUUUCACGGACAAGCCUGUACCUUUAUCGAGGAUGUGGUACCGAGGCGACGCCAACAGCCCAACCCUGUUAUGGGAUCCUCCAGUAUCACCACCAAUUACUCUUCGACUACUGCAGCGGGUGCUCCCUUAGCUCGACACAUACAACCAGCCGCCGAUGGCAACGGUCAAGCCCCACGACGGCAAUCUGGUGAAACCAUCCCAACCGGCCCCGGAAUCGACGAUUAUGCCAACUUACAGGGAGAGUCGAUGUUGAAGAAAACCCUUGGCCUGCAAAACCAUCGAUACGCAAAGUAUAUUGGUCCAACCGACGAGCAUGACUUUGCGCUCCUCGAUCUGCGACUGUACGACGAUGUGCAGGGCGAGUCACCUGCCGACCAAGGCUCCUUUCGUAAAGUCGGUCCGAACGAGUUCUUCCAUCAGUAUGCCGACUCGGACUCUCCCAAUCACUUCAGAGAGGUCGAGGAGUUGGAUAACAUCGAGCACAUUGUGGCACCCCAUGGAGAGGAUCUGAUCAAGCUCUACUUUCGCAUUGUCCAUCCAAAUUACCCCAUUCUACACAAAAAGGUGUUUCUCGAGAAAUACGGCAGGACGUAUCGGGAAUUUUCACCCCCGCUGCUGGCUGCUGUUUACAUUCUUGCAUUAAAUUGGUGGUCAUACAGUCCUGAAUUGUCCCAGCUGGUCAAGCCCGACGUCGCUCAGCUUGAAGAUGUCGCUUACCGGACGUUGCAAGACGUGUCUCAUCGAGCCAAGUUAUCUACUGUACAAGCGGGACUGCUACUUCUUCAGCGACCACGAAGUAACCAGGCAUGGCAACUGACGGCUCAACUGGUUGCCAUUGGGCAGGAUCUGGGACUUCAUCUGGAUUGCUCCAACUGGCGCAUUCCUGAGUGGGAACGAGGACUUCGAAGGCGUCUCGCCUGGGCUCUAUACAUGCAGGAUACAUGGUCUGCCCUGAUCUACGGACGGCCUCCCCACAUCUCGUCGACGAACUGGGCUGUGCAGCCUGUGCGUGACAGUGACUUCCCAGAGAGUGUGGAAAGCGACGUGGAGGAGGCCAGCAGCACGGGAGUGGAAAAGGGUCGCACGCUAUUCACCUACAUGAUCGCGCUGACAAAAAUGCUUUGCGAAGUUUUGGAGAACCUCUAUUCGCUAAAAGCCGAGAUGGAGGUACAAAAUGCCUUUGACACGACAAAGGCCAUUCUUGAACGAGCUAAACCAAUUCAACUCAAGCUUCGGUCGUGGUAUGCUGAAAUGCCUGACGUCCUUCGGAUGGAUGCAACACGGCCAGGCACGCUGAGCUCGGUGGGCUAUCUCCACCUGGCAUAUUUCGCUACAGAGAUCACCCUGCACCGUCGGGUGAUUCGGUCCUUAUCACAAAAGACAGAUCCUUAUUUGGUCCAGAUUUGCCGGUCAGCAGCCAAGGCCAGGCUCAUCAGUGCUAUGGACUUUUUCAACCGCCUCAAGCCCGAACAUCUCCAGUCGUUCUGGUAUUUCGCGUCCAAAUUCAAUUUUGCACUCAUUGGCACUUUUGCCGGCCUUUGCUUCGUCACUUCGGUGAGCCAGGAAGAAGCCGAGUUCUAUCGUCGCCGGCUGCAAGAGUACCGCUGGACAUUGCGGGUAUCUAACAAGAGUGCGGAGUUUUUGGAGAUUGCCAGUGGUAUCCUGGAGUCAGCGGUCGGUGCACUCUUGAAAGCGGCCGACAGCAUUGAUAGUCGACGGCUGGCAUUCCCCAUGCUUCAACAUCAGGUCUCACGAGAGGAUGCCACGAUGGAUACCUCCUAUCCAGGAGCAGACUAUGGCAGCGGCGAACAGCAAGCGUACUACGACACGCCGAUGGGGUCCUGA